AUGUCGAAUUUAUCCUUUGAAAAUGUGCCGCAAAGCAUAUCGGAACUGCUUCGUCGGAAAUUAACUAAUCAACGCGCCGUAGCUCGCGAUCGUCGUUUACCGCCACCGGCUCCGCAGAUACAACCGAAUCCUCAGGGAACGUCUGUCAGUUCCGUUUCUAUCGCGAGUGACAGUUUGGCUGGUGUGAAGGCCAAACUCGGUUUAAUCGAUACGUGUUUUCCGGAGAACGAAACACCCGUGUUCGAGGGCAUUAGCAACUUUCCCGAUUCUUACAAACGGCUUACCUCUAAGGAAAAGCUGCUGUUGCUUUUCGCGGAGAAUUUCCGCCGUCAGUACAAGGAAAAGUUUCCGCAUCGCAAGCCACUGGUACUGGCCCUGCCGAACGAGUGUGAAGUGCAAAAGUUCGUGUGUACCACAUUGCGUCCUUCGAUCUUUCUCUUUCCGGAACUGAUCGGUUCCUGGCAGAACGUGGCAUCGUUUAUCGCCGACUACAUCCUGUACGAGCCUUUGGACGAUCAAGUCAAUAUGCCUAUACCGAUCGCCCAUUAUGGAAUUGCUUGGUUGUGUGUUCGGUAA